UCGCGUUUCAAAUUAACUUCCUGUGGUGGUAAUUAUUUUAGUGCUAGAAACUUUGCUCUCUUUUAUUUAUUUGAUAAUAAUAGAAGACGACUAUGAUUUAUAAACGUUAUUUAGUGUUUGAACCAGCAUAUAUAUUAAAGGACUAUUCCCCGGAACACAAUGAGCGAACUGCGCGUAUUGAUGUAGAGGCAGUACAUACAAAUCAAUACAAUAAUAGUAAUAUUUCUAAUCAAAAUUACUCCUUUGACGAAACGCCCGGAGCUGUUCCAGAAGCAGAGACUCAACCUCAAUCGAAUCACAACUUCUGGACAAUAGAGUACUAUCAGAAAUACUUUGAUGUGCAGACCAGUGAAGUUGUGGAGAGGAUUAUAUCAUCAGUAUUGCCCCAGAAAGUCUCUAGAAACUAUUUUGAUGAGAAGAUAAAAGGCAAACCCGACUUGUAUGGACCUAUCUGGAUUUCAUUGACUCUGAUCUUCACAAUUGCCGUGAGCGGGAACAUAGCAAGUUAUCUACAGAAUGUUAACAAGGCAGUCCACUGGCGCUAUGAUUUUCAUUUGGUGUCUUACGCAGCAACAGCCAUAGUAUGUUACGUUUGGUUGGUCCCUCUGGCACUGUGGGGUGUCUUGAAAUGGACUACGCUUCCCGAUGGACAAGAUGAGAUUGAGACGCAGACCUCAAACUCUCCAACUAUGAUAUCUCUCUUCUGUUUAUAUGGCUAUUCGCUUUCCAUUUACAUCCCUGUGGCUAUAUUCUGGACCAUCCAGAUCUCUUGGCUCCAGUGGUUGUUUGUGUUGAUGGCUGCCUUUGUGUCCGGAGCAGUCCUCAUAUUCUGGCUGCUGCCAGCUUUGAAGAAAUCAAAAUAUUUUUAUAUACUUGUCGGAUCUAUUCUUGCUUUUCAUUUCUUGUUGGCAACUGGUUUUAUGUUAUACUUCUUUCACGGACCAAACGCAGUAAGCGCUCCUGGCGUGCCAGUGACACCGUCAGUGGCUACUAUAGCUCCAUAAUUUGUGACUUCUCCAAGUCAUUUACAUACAUAAUGUAUAAUUAUAUUUUUAAUUAAGUACAUUGAUAGCGGUAGGCAGCGGCUUGGCUCUGCCCCUGGCAUCGCUGAAGUCCAUGGGCGACGGUAACCACUCACCAUCAGGUGGGCCGUAUGCUCGUCUGCUUACAAGGGCAAUAAAAAAAAAAAAAGUAUUAACAUACAGCAUGACUAAAGCCAAUAAAUUUAUGAAAUCUUUUGCGUUGUCUUUAAUGACCACAAGUCUAUUGAAGGAAAUCAGUUUCUUGAUUUUACUGUCUUAAAAUAUAUUUCUUAUUUAUUAUAUAGAAUUAUUGUGAUAUAUUCUAUUCAUUUUUUUUUCACAUUCCUAGAAAAAUGUAAGUUUACUAGCAUUAUUAUGCAAGAAAUAAAAAAUAUUAUAUAAAAACAAA